AUGUCAGCAUCUGCGAUUAGUCGUUCUUUAUCAAAUGUCAAGACUGAACUUGAUUUUUUGAGAGAAUCGAAAGUCAUUUCUGAAGACGUUUUUAAGCAAAUAAUGAGCCAAUUACCAGACAGUUAUAACCCAAACGCAAGAGGCGAAGCGCCUCAAGCCCCUCAAUCUGAAUUUGUAGAGGCCAUAUACAAUUUUCAGGCACAACAGGACGGUGACCUAGAGCUGCAUGUCGGUGACAAAAUAGAGGUGUUAGAGAAGCCUUCUGCGGAAUGGUUCAAGGGUAAAUGCAACGGCCGCGUGGGUAUGUUCCCUUCCAAUUACGUGAAACCUGCUUUCUCGGGCUCAAGCACGGACGUCGCACGCGCAAAUGUGCCGCCACCACAAUAUCAAUCCCAGCAGUACUUGCAACCCCAGCAGACAAAUAUGAGUGCGCAAUCAGGUGCUUCGCAGCCACCUUUCCCACCCCCAUCUGUUGGUUACUAUCAGCAACCUCCACCACAGCAAUACCAGCAAUAUCCACAACAGCAGUAUUAUCAACAGGCCGCACCUGUAGCUCAGCCUGAAGCGCAGGCAAGUUCCGGUCAUCACAGUAGUGGUGCGUUCAAAAAGUUCGGUAGCAAGCUCGGUAAUGCUGCAAUUUUCGGUGCAGGUGCGACGAUUGGUUCUGAUUUGGUUAACAGUAUCUUUUAA